CUUCAAAAAUGACACUUAUUGUCAUCAUUUAUCAUCCAUUUCCGUCAUUUAUAUACUAAAAAAAACAUUUCACCCUUAAAUUCUUAGUAAUAUGCAAAAGUCUCACACGCAAAGAAAGAAAGAUGUGUUCGUAACGAUCGUAGUAACAGAAUCGACUUCAAGUCUACUUAGUUUGGACGCUCCCCAUUUGGAGCAUACCCACCCGGACAAUUCCAAAAUUUGUGUUUUAACAGAAAAGGAUUUUAAGCAACUUAAGAAAUCACUGGUUCAGGAAGAGGUUGAUAAGCCAAGCACUUCUGUAGGCCUCGAAGGGAAACUGAAAAUUAACUCAGAAGUUGCGCUGUUUUCUACCAGCAACUGUUCGUCCUCCAGCGAACUCAACCAAAUGUCAGACAGUGAUUUUUCAAGUACCUUUAUUGAAGAAUCUCCGCAAGAAUCUUUCUUCCGAAAAACUGACAUCAUAUCUCACCCCUUGGUGGCGGUUAGGAGUAUGGCUCAUGCGAACAAGGUCCAACUAGAUGGUGACAAAUUAUGCGUAUCGAUGCUUGAAUCUGAUUCAAGCAGAAUAUCCACGGACUUGAUUUGUCGCAUUUGCCAUGGCGGUGAAAGCUUCGAUGAUCUUCUGACACCUUGCAGAUGUAGAGGUACCAUCGCCUUGGUGCAUCUGAAAUGUCUGGAACGGUGGCUAAAGGAAUCCAACCAUAACUCUUGCGAGCUCUGUCAGCAUCACUAUAGAAUCGUACGAGAGCCAAAGUACAGCAUACCAUGGUCAAUUUUGGUCUUUCUACGCCAUCCGGGAUCCCACUUAAAGGAAAUUAUUUUGGAUUUGAUGUCGUUUACCGUCUACACUCCUUCAGCAGUGGCCUCAACCUAUAUGCUCAUGCUAAUAUGUGAAGCACUAGUGAAAAAUAAUAUUGUGACAACGGGAUCACUAUCAUCCCAUAUAAUAGCAUUUUCAGCAGUGUUUGGUAUGGCGGCUAUUGACUUUACUUAUUCUUCAUGGCUUAUAAUGACAAUGCAGAAGCAUGUCGAUGCAUGGAGGAAUUGGUAUAAUUCUAGUUCUCAGAUCAGGGUUGUUCUGCCCAAGAUCAAGAUGAAGCCCCAUAAGAAAAAGUCUAAGAAGGAAAGAGACAAGUAAUCAUAUAUCUAAUUUUUUGUAGAAAUAUAGAUUAACAUUGGUAUUUAACAAUUAUCUUACUUUUGUGAUUGUUCUGGAAGUAAAAGUAUGUGUUGAG